GCUCGCUGGCAGGGGACUGCGGGCUGCGGGCCGGGCUGAGCGCACAUCCUCCCGACUAGUCCCCCGCCCGGGCCGAGAGAGGCGACUCCCUCCGCCUCUGGUCGCUAGGCGCCGGCGCGGACCAUGUUUUCCAGUCGGUGGAGGUGGAGCGACAGCGUCUCCUACGAGAGGGUCUCCGGGGGACUCGAGGAGCAGAAAUGCAGUCCAGAGAAAAGUGCUUCAUUCUUCAGUAAGGUGACAUAUUCCUGGUUUAGCAGAAUAAUUAUCUUAGGCUAUAAUAAACCUUUGGAAAGAGAGGAUCUUUGUGAACUGAACGAAAGUGAUUCCUCCUACACUGUGUGUCCCAUUUUUGAAAAACAAUGGAGGAAGGAAGUCUUAAGGAAUCAAGAGAGGCAAAAGGCUUCGUCUUGUAAAGAGGCACAUAUCAGGAAGCCAUCAUUACUCUCCGCAUUGUGGAACAACUUUAAGUUCGUCCUGAUUCAAGUUGCUUUAUUCAAAGUAUUUGCUGAUAUUUUGUCCUUCACUAGUCCACUUAUAAUGAAGCAGAUGAUCAUUUUCUGUGAACACCACUCUGAUUUUGACUGGAGUGGCUAUGGCUAUGCGGUGGCACUUUUUGUUGUAGUCCUUUUGCAAACCCUGGUCCUUCAGCAAUAUCAACGUUUUAACAUGCUUACCUCUGUAAAAAUCAGGACAGCCGUAACUGGACUCAUUUACAAAAAGGCUUUAGUUUUAUCUAGUGUUUCUCGAAAAAAGUUUUCCACUGGAGAAAUUAUUAAUUUGAUGUCAGGAGAUACCCAGCAGCUCGUGGACUUGGCAGCAAAUCUCAAUCUUCUGUGGUCAGCGCCUUUUCAAAUCCUGAUGGUCGUAUCAUUACUCUGGCAAGAACUGGGUCCAGCAGUGUUAGCAGGGGUUGCAGUCCUUGUGUUUGUCAUACCAAUAAAUGCUUUAGUUGCUACUAGAGUAAAAAAGCUGAAGAAAAGUCAAAUGAAGAACAAAGAUAAACAGAUAAAACUACUCAAUGAAAUCUUACAUGGAAUUAAGAUCCUCAAAUUUUAUGCCUGGGAACCCGCCUAUAAAAAGAAGAUUAAUGAAAUUCGAGAGCAGGAAUUAGAAGUUCAAAAAUCUGCUGGGUAUCUGGGGGUAUUUUCUAUGCUGACGUUAACUUGCAUUCCAUUCUUGGUGUCCCUGGCCACCUUUGGAGUCUAUUUCUUAUUGGAUGAAGAAAAUAUUUUAACAGCUGCUAAAGUGUUCACAUCUCUGUCUUUGUUUAAUAUUUUGAGGAUUCCUUUGUUUGAUUUACCAAUGGUGAUUUCAGCUGUGAUCCAGACAAGGAUAUCAUUGGGUCGUUUGGAGAACUUUCUCAACACUGAGGAGCUGCUUCAGAGUAUUGAAACAAACUACAGAGGAGAUCAUGCCAUUGGAUUUACAAAUGCUUCUUUUUCCUGGGAUAAAACAGGGGUUCCAGUACUAAAAGACCUGAACAUAAAGGUCCCAGAAGGUGCUUUAGUGGCUGUUGUAGGGCAAGUUGGGUCUGGAAAAUCAUCUGUGCUUUCUGCCAUCCUGGGGGAAAUGGAGAAACUCACGGGAGUAGUCCAAAGAAAGGGCUCCGUGGCUUAUGUUUCCCAGCAGGCCUGGAUUCAGAAUUGCAUUUUGCAAGAAAACAUUCUCUUUGGCUCUGUCAUGCAGAAGCCAUUUUAUGAGCGAGUCUUGGAAGCCUGUGCCCUCAUUCCAGAUUUGGAGCAGUUACCAAAUGGAGAUCAAACGGAGAUUGGAGAAAGAGGUGUGAAUAUAAGUGGAGGGCAGAAGCAUCGAGUAAGCCUGGCCAGAGCUGUCUAUAGUGGAGCCGACAUCUACCUCUUGGAUGAUCCUUUGUCUGCAGUUGAUGUUCACGUUGGAAAGCAGCUUUUUGAAAAAGUGAUAGGGCCUUCAGGCAUUUUAAAAAAUAAGACUCGUAUUUUAGUGACACACAACCUCACACUUCUGCCACAGAUGGAUCUUAUUGUCGUAAUGGAAAAUGGCAGAGUAGCACAAAUGGGAACAUACCAGGAGUUGCUGUCUAACACCAAAAAUUUCAGUAAUCUGCUUCAGAUCUCCAAUGAACAAGAAAGAGCUCAUGUUUUAGAGGGAGUCAAUGUAACCAACCCCAGAACUACACCGAAAGACCAAUCCCAGGAGCAAAAAGAUAGGCCCUCUUUGGAUCAAGAAAAACAGUUCUCAAUGAGAAAAGAAAAGAUCCCUGUUGGUGGGUUGAAGUUCUCAGUAAUCAUGAAGUACCUCCAAGCCUUCGGUUGGCCCUGGGUGUGGCUGGUUGUGGCCACUUACCUAGGGCAGAAUUUGGUGGGCAUUGGACAGACUCUGUGGCUAAGUUCCUGGACAAAAGAAGCAAAGCACGUGGAUGAGUUAAAGGAAUGGAAGCAAAUAAGAAGCAAUAAACUUAAUAUCUACGGAUUACUGGGAUUAAUUCAAGGUCUCUUUGUCUGCUCUGGGGCCUACGUGCUCACGAGAGGAUCCCUGGCAGCCUCCCGAACCUUGUAUUCUCAGCUGCUGAAUAACGUGCUGCACCUCCCGCUCCAGUUUUUUGAAACUAAUCCCAUAGGCCAGAUUAUCAAUCGGUUCACCAAGGACAUGUCUGUGGUUGAUGUACGUUUCCAUUACUACUUACGAGCCUGGCUGAAUUGUACAUUGGAUGUUAUUGGAACAGUUUUGGUCAUUGUGGCAGCUUUACCACUCUUUAUUCUGGGAGUGGUUCCCUUGUCUUUCCUCUAUCUCACUAUACAAAGAUACUACGUGGCAAGCUCUCGGCAGAUUCGGCGCUUAGCGGCAGCAUCGCGCUCUCCCAUCAUUUCACACUUCAGUGCGACUUUAUCAGGAGUGUCUACAAUCAGAGCAUUCGGGCAUGAACAGAGGUUCAUCCGGCAAAGCAAGGAUGUGGUGAAUGAGAACUUGGUCUGUUUCUACAACAGUAUAAUUUCAAACAGGUGGCUGUCUGUUAGACUGGAGUUUCUUGGCAACCUAAUGGUAUUCUUUGCUGCAUUGCUGGCUAUGCUGGCUGGCAGUUCCAUCGAUUCAGCAAUAGUUGGUUUGUCCAUAUCCUAUGCUUUAAAUAUUACACAGUCUCUGAAUUUUUGGGUGAGGAAAGCAUGUGAAAUUGAAACCAAUGCAGUUUCCAUUGAAAGAGUUUGUGAAUAUGAGAGUAUGGAGAAGGAGGCACCUUGGAUAAUGUCUAGAAGGCCUCCAUCACAAUGGCCCAAUAAAGGUAUAGUGGAGUUUAUUAAUUAUCAGGCUCGAUACAGAGACGAUCUUGGUUUAGCAUUACAAGAUAUCACGUUCCGGACUCAUGGGGAAGAGAAGAUUGGAAUUGUGGGAAGGACUGGAGCAGGCAAAUCAACACUAUCAAAUUGCUUGUUUAGAGUUGUAGAGAGAUCAGGAGGCAAAAUUAUUAUCGAUGGGAUUGACAUAUCAACUAUUGGACUGCAUGACCUUCGUGGCAAACUUAAUAUUAUCCCACAGGAUCCCAUUUUAUUUUCUGGAAGCCUUCAAAUGAACCUGGAUCCUCUGGACAAGUAUUCUGACGGCGAGCUGUGGGAAGUGCUGGAAUUGUGUCACUUAAAAGAGUUUGUGCAGUCCCUUCCCAAGAAGCUGCUGCAUGAGAUCUCUGAGGGUGGUGAAAAUCUCAGCGUUGGACAACGGCAGCUUGUCUGUCUUGCUCGUGCUUUGCUUCGAAAAACAAAAAUUCUUGUCUUGGAUGAGGCAACAGCCUCCAUCGAUUUUGAGACUGAUAACUUGGUGCAGACGACUAUCAGGAAGGAGUUUUCUGACUGCACGGUCCUGACGAUUGCUCACAGACUGCAUUCCAUCAUUGAUUCCGACAGAGUGCUUGUUCUCGACUCUGGGAGGAUUAUAGAAUUUGAAACCCCACAGAACUUGAUACACCGGAAAGGACGUUUCUUUGAAAUGUUAACAGAAGCUGGAAUAACUCAAGACUCGGAGGCAAAAAAAUAAGUCAUUUUAGCUGUAUGUUGAUUAUACAAGAUGAGAAAAAAAAAAAGUGUAGUACAUAAAAAGAUGGGGCAUAAAUGCACAAGGGCAGGCCCCUGGGUACGAGUUGGCACAAACGCCUAAUGGCCCCAUAGCUUCUAAUCAACCUGGGUUGCACCUUACCUUCUCUGUCCCAUUCAUGCCAUCUGGAAUGCCCACCUUCUCCACAUUGCCUAAAGGGCUAAGAACCACUUAUUUAAAGCACUGACUUCAUUCAGUAGUCACCUCCUCCAUAAAGCCUCUCCUGAUCUCCCUCCCUGCACCCUAGUCUGGUUUAGAUGCCCCUUUUCUGUGCUUUCAUUACUCCCGUGUGCAUACUUUUAACAUGGCAGGUACUGUAUUCUAUUUUAAUUCUUUACUUGACUGUCUCCUCUACUAGAUAAAGACACUUGAACGUAGGAGUUUGGUUUUAAUUAUCCUUGUAUAUUACAUUGCUAGCAUAGUGCUUUUCACAUAGCUGAUACCCAACAAAUGUUUGUAGAAGGAACGACUAUUUGUGUUAAAGUAAUACGAUAUGUGUGCUUACAUGCAUCUACGGUAUAUGCUAAGCUACUGUACAGUUGAUGAAAUGAUAGAGAAAUCAUGGAAAUAAUAUUAAGAGCUAUUCAGCUGCCUUUUGGAAAGGAUAAUUAUAUAUUAACUGAAUUUGAUGAUCUGCUUUAUUUAAAAAUAAUGUUUUAUAAUAUGUUUACUAUUUAUCUUUGAGUAAAAAACAGCAAUAUUUUCUAUGUAAUAUCAUAGUUUGCCUGGAACAGUCCCAGUGGGCUAUGCAUUACAUGUAUGUGCAGGAGAAGAGUAUUGAUAUGUUAUGCUAAUCAUAUUUGAAGGGCUUUUUCAUUUAGUAGUUUUAUGUAAUAGAAGCUAUAUUAUUUUUCUGAAUUGCCCUUCAGAUGUGAAGUGUUCAACCUUCAGAGGUAUUUUCAAGAUGACUUUAAUAAAAUAUUUUAACAUGUUUUUGAAGGGUCAUCAACCAUUUCUUUUAUCCUUAUUUUCUUCUUCCUUUGUGUAUACACAACUCUUGGCUCAUCCCCUGAGUAUUUAUGGAAAGUUUCCUUAAAUUAUUAUAUCAUAUAUUAUCUGCAGUCUCAUCCCAUUAGAAUCUUCUAAUGUAACUUCAAGUAAGCUACUUGAAGUUUUGUCCUGUCUUUGCAAUCCCUGAAGUGCCUACCACUGUGUUUUGUAUUCAGUAAACAUUGAAUAAACAUUUGAAUUCUGUCUAAAAAAAAGGAUCGAAAUAUUUCAUUAACAGCAGUUAACAGAUGCUUCAGCCUCUUUAUACCUAUAGUUUUAGUGACUCAGUCAAUCUAAUGGUAAACCAACAGUAGUGUAUUCACACAAUGGGACUCUAUACAGUUUUGAGCAUGAAUGUACAACAGCUACAGGCAGCAAUAUGGAUGAAUCUCACAAACAUAAUGUUGAGUGAGAAGAGCUAGACUAAAAGAAUACUAUUACAUGAUCCCAUUUAUAUAAAAGUAAAAAAUAAAAUUAAAAAAAUAUAAAAAAGGAAAAACAAAUCUAUACAGUGUAAGUCAGGAUAGUGGUCACCACUGGCGGGGAGAAGAAAUUAUUGAAAGGGUGCCCAAUGUGGGCUUCAGGGAUAACGGUUAUGUUCUGUUUCUUGAUCUAAAUCAGUUAGUGAAAAUUCAUGGAACUGUAUACUUAGGAUAUGGACCAUUUUCUACAUAUAUAAUACUUAAAGGGUAAAAAUAAGUCAAUAAUAAAAUUAAUAUAAAAAUUACUAAUGGUACUCAAAGAUAAUUUUAUUGUGUUUUGAGAAAUUAAUAUUUCAUUUAAAUUUCAAUUAUGUACAUCAAGCGUGUUCAAUCACUGAAUUACACUAGAGGCUAAGUGCAGGGUACUCAAAGUGACUGGAUUGUAGAAAGGUAGUAUAUUUGAAUUGAAUAAAAGUCAUGUUUAUUCAAUGUUGUCUGAUUUGUGUAAAGAUUGUAUAACUUCAAAAUAGAUUAAGAAAAUAAAUAAUAAGUAUAAUUUCAGUAUGCAGAAAUGUUUGUCUUAGCUGAUAAAAGGAAGAUUCUAGGUAGCAUUAAGUUGACUUAUUUCAGGAUAAUGAGAAUAUCUGUUAUUGAAAGCCCACCAUGUGCUGGGUAACAUGCAAAGCACUUGAAUCAUUAGUCAUUUUCUAUUCUCACGGACAACUGUAACAGAUAUUAUUAU